AGAAUGUCUGCUUAAUGACUUAAAUGUCAACCAAGUUGGUUUGAUGGGUUGGUUGAUUAUGGUCUAUAUACAGUAUGGCUGGGCGGUAUACAGUACAGAGGGACUUCCUGGAUUGCAGCACCAAGUUAGAGAGAGUAACAGAAUGGGGACAUGAAGUGACAGUUCACACCCAUCAGAGAGACACAGGGCUCCUGAUCAACAGGAGGAGAGAGCACACAGAGAGACCAGAAGACACAGACAGAGACAGUGACAAGAAGAGAAAGAGGAAAGAGACCCCGGUACUGUGAUUGAUUCAUCAAGGCAGUGGAAACAGGAUGUGGGUCCUCACCUCGGCAGCUCUACUUCUCUCUCUGACAGAGAGAGCCACAUGCGAUAAACUGGCAGCACCACCAAAGGCAUCACCCUGGACCAUCACCUUCAGUCCAGAAGAAAUAACAGCAGAGAAGGGACUAUGUGCUGUUAUUUCAUGUACUUUCACUCACCCUGAUAACUUCAAGCCUACCGCUGCAAUAUGGUUCAAGUGCCCUACAAGUGACAGAUGUGAUAAGGAUGAAAACAUAAUUUUCCACUCUGAAACUCCCUCUAAAGCUCAGAAGAGUUAUAAACAGAGAGUGUCUCUACUGGAGACUGAUCUGACAAAGAAGAACUGUAGUGUGAUCAUCAACGACAUCAGAAAGAAUGAUGCUGGAAAGUAUCAAUUCAGACUUCCAACUUCAUAUACAUACCCGAAGAAAGUGACCAUCACAGUGAGCGCUCGGACCCAGAAGCCCUCAGUGUUGACUCCUCCUCUGACAGAGGGAGAACCAGCUACUCUGACCUGCACCGCCCCGGGGAUGUGCUCUGGAACUCCUCCUAACAUCACAUGGACAUGGAGAGGAACAGGAGACAACAUCACUGAGCUCAGAGACAACAUCACCAUACAGGAGAGAGAGGACCUGACCACUGUGACAACAACCCACUUCUCAACGUUGACCUUUACCCCCUCAGCUGAACACCACAACAUGAUGGUUACGUGUCAAGUAACCUUCCAGAAAAAAUAUAAAAUUGAAGAGACAGUAACUUUGAAUGUGACAUAUGUGAAAGACCCCCAAAUAACUGGACAUGUAAUGGUGAAGGAGGAUGGUACCCUGGAUCUGAUCUGCAGUGUUGACAGUUACCCUCCAUCUGAUAUCACUUGGAGUAAGAACGGGACAAGUGCCCCACUUCAGAAUUACACUGAAAAUGCCACUCUCACCAUCUGCAAUGUGACAAGAGAACAUGCUGGGGAGUAUGUGUGUACAGUUCAACACCUCAACAGGACUAUGACAGCUUCCACUGUUGUCACUGUGAUGUACCUUCCCGUGAUUCUUCCUGGCUCUGGGUGUGUGGACCAGGCAGAGGUCAUGACCUGUGUGUGUGUCAGUCAGGGGGUUCCCUCACCCCUCAUAGUGUGGCACCUGCUGGAGCUCAACACAGUGAGGUGCAGCCUCACUACGUCAGUGUUGAGUUCCUCAGUGAACAGCACCAUCAGGCUGCCUGUUGGACACCACAACAACACCACUGUGGAGUGUGUCAGCAGCAAUGUGGUGGGUGUAGUGAGAGAGAAGCUGCAGGUCACACAAAAUAAGAGCCAAGAAAAGCAAAGAGAGAUGGAAUGGGAAGGAAUUAUAGCUUUGCUGUCGGACCUAAAACUGAUUACUGCAUUUGUGGUUGGUGCAGCCCUCUCAGCCACCAUCUGUUGUAUCUUCCUGUGUUUGAAAGGGAAAUGUAAAAGACAAAAAGAGAGGAUCCCAAUGUACUCAGACUCCAAAAGUCCUUUCAUGAACCUGGAGAUGGUGACAUGUGAAGACCAACAGACGGAUGCAGGACCGGCUGUGGGGGGCGAACAGACCCCUCUGCAGUUGGAGCUGAGCGAGGGAGCUGAAAACGGAGGGCCCCAGACCAGUGGAGCCGCGGGAAAAUUUGCCACAGGGGAAGAACUAAAUGAAGUGGACUACGCCAGAAUCAACUACUCCCUGCUGAAGAAGAAGACUCCUGAGGAGGCAGAGAAGAAGAUCACUACCACAGAGACAGACUACGCCAAAAUCAAAAGAGAGAAAAAGAAAGAAGGGGAUGAAGAUGGAAGAGAGGGGAGUGGUGUGAAUAUGGGGAAGGAUGAGGAGAAAGAGAACAGUAAGCCAGCAGCAGAGUCAGAUGAGGAUACAGCGCUUUACUCCAACGUCAAGGCUAUUAUGGGUGGUGGUGAGUGACAAAGCAAUUUUCGCUAGAAACAUGGGGGAAAGCAUACAGUAUUAGCCAUGGGGUCUUAUAUAAUUUUCUGAGUCCGGAUUGAGUUUUAUGAUGAUACUGAGACUUUUGUUUAACUGUAAUAGUAGUUUCGGUAAAUGCUUUGUUUUACAGCGUUGUGUCAGCUGGUACUGUAUGUUCCUGGUGGUUGUACAAUUUCAAUAAGAAUAUUUUCUAGUUGUACAUAGAAGCAAGUUUUGGUAAUGUUUUUCAAGGAAGUGUCAUUUGACUUCUGUAAUAAUUCUGUUUUGUCACCACGAGGAAGGACUGACAAAGAUGUGGUUUGGAAAAGGUAAAGACAAGUUGACUUGAUUGUUGACUGAUUGUUGACAACAUGUAAAGUAUAUUUCUUCUCCAAUGUUUAUUGAAAAUAAACAUAUUACAUAUUACAAUAUUAACAUGGACGUGACAUCAGUCAAAAUAAGACAUGCUAUCAAGAACGAGUUAAAACUAGCUGAAACGAGCCACCUACGAUUCCCUAGAUGGCAUCUUUGUGUCAUUGCUGCUACUGUAGCUGUCUGGCCAUCCAGAAUCACGACAACACACGGCCUUCAGCCCCAUUGAAGCGUGUGUAUCGUUUGUGACAUUGUCAGCUCACCACUAUCUGAGAAUAUUUUUCUAUUAUAGGUGUUCAUGAUUUCAACAUGAUUUUAUAUACACUUUUUCCAUUUGUUUGUUCUCUGAAAUCUGUUCAAAACAUGUAUAAAUGGUGUAUUUCUUUUUUUGCUAUUUCCAACCUACCAUCAACACAAAUUUCAUUCAACAAUAAUUACAGGCUACCAAUGGUAUAAAUCAUGAAUGGCCAACUUUGAUGGGGGUGGGGGCCACAAAAAAAUCUGAACUCGUCAGGGGGGCAGCAGUGGCUCGUGGGUCUGCUUAACAACAUCCAUACUCACACAUGUAGUCAGAGCUGGCGGUAACCUUUUGGGGGCCCUAAGAAAAAUGUUGUUUCCCCUACCUUGUGAGCACAACAUUUUAGGGCCCCACUCUUGACCUCAAAAAAAUUAUUAUUCUACACAUUUUGCCAUGGGACUUAGAGAAAUGAUGCAAUACGUACACAUUCUGUCAAGGGGUUCAGAGAAGAUUUUGCCAUUUUAUUACUAAUUUCAUGCUAUUUUACUUAUUUUACCAUGAUUCAUACAUAAAUAGCAAACAUUCGGAUAGUAUACAACUUAAAAGCAUAAUGUACUUUUUUUCUGGCUAGUCCAAAUUAGAUCUAUUUCUUGCAUAUUGCAGCAUUAUGCUGCGCUAUGAGUAUUCUAUGUUCCGAAAUAUAUAAUCCAACCGCAAGGCGCUACAGAGGGAAAUAGUACAAGUACAUCACUUGGUCCAAGCUUCCUGCCAUCCAGUACCUCUAUAUUAGGCGUGUCAUAUUAGGCGUUCUCUCUGCUAUCACAUGGUAAGCGGUACUGGAGUGCCAAGUCUAGGUCCAAACGGCUCUUUAACAGCUUCUACCCCCAAGCCAUAACACUGCUGAACAAUUAAUCAAAUGGCCACCCAGACUAUUUUCCUAGCCACCACGCUUCCACAUCUGCAUUGCUUGCGGUUUGGGGUUUUAGGCUGGGUUUCUGUAUAGCACCUUGUGAAAUCGGCUGAUGUAAAAAGGGCUUCAUAAAGAAAUUUGAUUGAUUGAUUGAUUUGCAUUGACACCAUUUAUGAACAGAGCAGAACAAUAUCUCCUAGGUUCUUCCACAAUAAAUGAUAUUGAACUAGA